UCUCAGUGUCACCAGCUCCCGUCUCUCAUUAGGAGGUCAUGCAAACUGUGAGCUGCUGCAGUCACUCAUACUCAUUUCACAUUCAAAUCCAGAUGACGGGCUGACAAGCCAUGGGAGCUGCUCGGGGAAGGAGCUCACUGUCCCAGCAGCCUGGAGAAUCCAAGCAUAACAGGUGGCUCUCAUGUGUUAAUCUUUAAUGGGAUACCAGGAAGGUACUGAGACACCUUGCCCAGAUGGGGUGCAAUUGCUGUAGAAUGCUGGACAGUUAUAUGUUCAAGCCCCAAGAACCACACACAAAUGGCUAUGUGAAUGAAGGCCACAAUUAUGAACACGACCGCUCCAAGUCACCAACCAUAAAGAUCAGCGAGCUAAUAAAUGAUGGACACAAUGUAAUUGACAGGUUCACUGGCUCGCAGGAUCUGUACAGUGUGUCAGAAAAGAUCAAUGCCAAAAAUGAAGUUGAUUCCAGCAGCCCAAUAACAGUUUCCUCAUACAUGGUUUUAAAUAUUAACUUUGCUGGAGAAGUCAAAGAACAAGAUGCCCAUUAUUCACAGUCUGAUGAUAACUUGGAGACCAAGACUUCUACACACAGCUUAGAGCAAAAUGUUGACCUGAGCCACAAGUCAGAUGAACCAGAAUGUAAUCAGCAUGAGCUUUGUAGGUCAGUUCAGGAAACCAUUUCCUUUACAGAAAGUGUAACACUUGAAUCAGAAAGGAGCAAGCUUACAUUAAAUAGUCCAAAUUCCAUAAGCAACUGUUCAGAUCUGAAUGAGCUUCCUGAACGUAAAAACUUUGUACAAGGUGCUGAUGCAUACCCUCCUAAUGAAGUUAGCCAUGGCAACAGUUCAUCUACAGAGGAUACAGAGGACACCGUUUCAACCAUGAGGUCAAAUGAACCUUUUUUGAUUUCCCAAAUGAUAGAGAGACGUUCAGCCUGGGGUUCAAAGAAAGACUCAAUUGUUGCAAAUGGGAUCCACACAGAAGAUGAUUUGGAUCCAGAUGUUGCUGAGGCACUUGCAGCUUUGGCAGCUGCAAUUGCUGGUGAAGAAUUUGAAGGCAUAUAAAUUGCAAAUCGAACAUUCUCUUGUUGUAUUGGAAUGCACUAAAGAAAAAGUUCUGUGAAAAUUGCCUUAAACCACUUAUGUUAUGGUAUCUCAGGAGACAUUGAAUGUUGGCUGUCUUUUUGUGAAAAAUACUAAUAUUGUUUAAAUGAAGUAAAAAAAGAGACAACGGAAGAAUGUUUGAUUGAAAGAAAAACAUGUAAAUUUAUUUUUGAAAGCACUAUUGAUGCCUUGUUCAAUAUUUUAACUUAUCGGUGUCUUAAUAUGAAAUAUUGAAAACCGCUGGUUGGUAGACACAGUCCUCCUUUGAUUUAAUUUAAAUUUAUGAAGCUGAUGUAAUUAUUUGAUGUAAUGAUUUUAAAUAUGUGAUUUACUUGGCCAUUUUUAUUGUGUAAUAGUGUGUUAGGUCUUAAAGACAGACACAUUUUAAUAGUUAUAUAUUUCCUUUUAUUGCAUUUUUCGAAAUGCCAUUAAAUGUGUCCUUGUACAACCUCUAAUAAUACAACCACUUAGUAGAAACCAA